GCGCACGCGCCAUCCCGUUCCCGAUUUGCGACAAGGGGGGUGCGGCUGUAACCAUGGAUCCCAGUGUACUCGCCACCAUGGACAAGGACGCACUGAAGAAGCAGAUCGAGAAUAUGAAGUACCAGGCGUCCAUGGAACGGUGGCCCCUGUCGAAGAGCAUCGCGGCGAUGCGGGAGUACGUGGAAGAGAACGAGAGGAAUGACCCACUGAUACACGCGCCCGACAAGAAGAACAAUCCCUGGGCCGAGAAAGGCAAGUGCAUAAUCAUGUAAUCGGGGCCAGAGCGGAGGAAGAGCAACAGAAGAAGAAGGAAGCGGGCGUACAAACCGUAAGGAGGAGAGGAGUCGGUCGUUCAUCCGCGGCAAAAGAAAUCUCAGGCAGCGAUCGUGAAGAGGAGCGGUGGUGUAGGAGGAGGAGCACGCAAGAGGAAGAGGAAGAGAUCCGCCGGUAGACGGUCCGCUGCGAUUCGAUCGCGACUCGCAGAUUCAUUCGAUCGUCGAAGCGAUCGUCCACCGGCCCCGCCCCCCCUCCCCCCCGAAAUAAAGACGUGGCUACGAUCGAUUCCAGCAGUCAAUCUGUCGAUUCCGAAGAUCGAACUCGAGCAAAUUAGUCGCCGGACCGUUCCGUUUCCUCCAGGACUGUUUCUACGAUCGCGCGACGUGCGGCUUCGCCAGUUCCCGAUCCGUGUCGUCCCAUGAGAUAUCGUUAUCCUUCGUUAAUUGUGCCAUUCGAGGCACAAUCGUUAUUCGUAAAGAAUACCCCGAGGUAACUCAAAGCCUGUGCCCCAUCGAUAAGCCGUUUGAUAUAGACGAGAGAAGGUAUAUAUGCGACGAAAAAGUAAAAGAUAAGGGAGAGAAAAAAUGAAAAAAAAAAAAAAAAAAAAAAA